AUGUCGUACGGAACCCCUCGUGUGAAGUUUGCGCUAUUUGGCCUAGGCCGCCUAGGCGUCCUUCGAGCUCGCAUUCUCGCUUUCCAACAGCCUCGGAUCGAGCUGGUAGCGGUAUGCGACACAAAGCCAGGCACUGAUAAGUGGGCUGCAGAGAAUCUGCCCCCGUCCGUCAAGUAUUUCUCGGAUCCCCAGGACUGUUUGAAGAACGGUGGUGCUGAAGCUGUGCUUAUCUGUACCGCGACGGCGACCCAUGCUCCAUUGAUACUGCAAGCUCUUGACCUAAACUUGCAUGUCAUGUGUGAGAAGCCGGUCUCGGUGGAUAUCGCUACUACCAAGGCAGUGGUGGAGAAGUCGGCUUCUAGGCCUGACUUGAAGUUCCUGGUUCCCUUUACUCGGCGAUAUGACAAGUCCUACCGUCAGGCCAAGGCCCUGAUUGACAACGGAGACCUGGGAGAGAUUCAUGCCGUUGAGACAACCGGAAUCGAUCAGGCUGACCCUAAUGCCUUCUUCGUCGCCUUCUCCGAGCAAUCUGGUGGUAUUUUCCUUGACUUCGGUAUCCACACAGUUGAUGCCGGCCGAUACCUACUAGACGUCAAGACCGGUCUCUCCAACCACAAGAAGCAAGUCAACAGGGUCAUCGCCUUUGGUCAACAAGCUGUCUACGGAGACCUGGCCAAGUUCGGCGACGCCGAUAACGCAUGGGGCUUGGUGGAAUUCGCCAGCGGCAAGAUCUUCAAGACGUACCUUGGGCGCACGCUCACGAGCGGGUUUGAAGACACUACUCGUCUAUGUGGAACAAAGGGACAUUCUAUCAUCAGCGCUAACUCCAAUGUUGAGAUUCGCGAUCAUCUUGGUAUUCGGACGCAAUCCGUGCCUGAUGCGUUUACUCUGUUCGAUGCUACUUUCUUGACUGAUCUUGCUGAGUUUGCGGAUGCGGUGAUUGAUGACAAGCCUUUGACUUGUCAGCCGGAGGAUGCUUUUGAAGCUGGCAAGAUCUGUGCUGCUCUGCAGUAUUCAUUCCGCAGGGGUGUGCCUGUGUACUUUGAUGACAAUGGUCUACCCAUUAUGGAGUGA